UUCGUAUUCUAGUAUCGAACAUAAAAGAAAUAUUUAAAAUGAUAAAGUAAAAUGUUUGUGUUUUGGUCUAAGGAUUUAGGGAGAGGGUCAACGACGACGUUUACUAUAUUGUUGCAGAGGAAGGUGGUGAUUAUAUUGUGAAUGCUUUUGGUUUGGGAGUUAAGUCGGAAGACAUGGCGAUAGGUGAAGAAAGACAAGAAUCACAAUCACAAUCAGAAGGAAAAGUUUGGAAUUUGUUGAAGCUUCCCUUUCGCCAUUCAACUGCUUCAACCUCCAAUUCCGUUUCUUCCCUUGCCAGAUCUCUCCUCCCCACACGACGUCGUCUCAAGCUCGAUCCUUCCAACAAGCUCUACUUCCCUUAUGAACCGGGCAAGCAGGCUAAGAGUGCCAUCAGGAUUAAAAACACCAGCAAAUCCAAUGUAGCUUUCAAGUUUCAAACAAAUGCACCCAAGAGCUGUUUCAUGCGCCCUCCAGGGGGCAUACUAACACCUGGCGAGAGUAUAGUAGCGAUUGUGUUCAAGUUUGUAGAGCCUCCACAGAAUAAUGAAAAGCCAGAAAAAACUGGACUCAAAUUUAAAAUCAUGAGCAUGAAGGUCAAAGGAUCAAUUGAUUAUGUACCUGAAAUGUUUGGUGAGCUGAAGGAUCAAGUAACAGUCGAGCAGAUUUUGCAGGUUGUUUUUCUGGAUCCAGAGCGUAAUAGCCCUGCUUUGGAAAAACUAAGGCUUCAGCUAGCUGAGGCUAAUGCUGCAGCUGAGGCACGUAAGAGAGCCCCAGAAGAUGCAGGUCCUAGGAUUCUCGGAGAAGGGCUUGUUAUAGACGAAUGGAAAGAGAGGAGGGAAAGAUACCUGGCAAAGCAGCAGAGUGAAAUGGUAAUGGACUCUAUAUAGAGAAGUUUGAGUAGGAAUUUGCGUUACCGUGGGGAAGAUGACAUGACUUUAGGGAAACAAUUAUAUGUAAUCACAAACGUUUGGCUUAGAGAAGAUUCAUGUGGGUGAAUGGCUAGUGUGAAGUUUUCUUUUUCGAAAAACCUAUAAUUGGAAGAGACCAUCCUCUGUAUUUAUAUGCACACAACACAAGGGUCAGUGUCAUUGGCUUUUCCGGAACGAUAUUUUGACGGAUUGAAGUAAAAUGACAGUUUCUGUAAGAUGGAUGUUUUGCUGUC